GACUCCUCUGAGGAUGGUGGGGUGAGUGAGGGUGAGCCUGGGACCCAACUGCCAGGCCAGCCUGGGCACAACAGGAAGCAUCAUGACUUAGGUGGCUCUGCCCAAAGGUGCACCAGCCGUGAUGCAGCAGCCACGAGUGGAGACGGAUAUCAUCGGGGCUGGCGAGGGACCCCAGCGGGCAGUACCCUGGUCAGCCUGGGUCACCCGUCAGGACUGGGUGCGCUGGUGGGCAUGCCACAUGCCCCGGAGCUGGUCCGAGUGGUGGAAUACAUCAGGCUGGAGGCAACCUCUACAGCGUAUGCUAUGGGGUCUGGAGGGGACACUCUACCUGCUGCUGGCACUGAUGCUAUGUCAUGCACUCUUCACCACUGGCUCCCACCUGCUGAGUUCUCUGUGGCCUGUGGUGGCUGUGGUGUGGAGCCACCUGCUGCCAGCUAUCCUGCUGCUGGUACUCAGUGCCCUGCCUGCUCUGCUCUUCGCUGCCUCCUUCCUGCUGCUCUUCUCCACACUGCUGAGCCUCGUCGGCCUCCUUACCUCCAUGACUCACCCAGGCUAUGCUCAGGGCUUGGACCAAUAGAAGGGCAACCCCA